CGCGUACGAUUUUUAAAUGUUAGCAUCGAGUGUCAUCGUGAAACGAUUUCAUGUCCGAGGAUGGCGUCUGUCGCACACAAAAGGGGAAGGGAACGUCUGCACGAAACGAACGACGGAUGUCGACGUCUUCAAGCUCGGGCGGGUGCCCGUCGAAAAUGCCGACUAUCAAGUGUGUGAAAAGAAAAAAAGAAAAUGAUAGCGCUCAUGAUUUUGGGUACUCUCGUGGCACUGUCUUCUGCCCAAUUUCAACCGCAACCCAGUGGACGGAUUCUGGAAUCUCCGGUACCGGCACUUUGCGCACAGAGGACAAUCCAUCAACGAUUCAAUGGGAAGGGCUAUUAUUUCUCGUGGGCCGACCCGAGGACAAGCGGACAAGAGUUGGACUGGUUGACUGGCAGAAACUUUUGCAGACAACGCUGCAUGGAUCUAGUUUCCCUGGAAACUUCCGACGAAAACGAAUUCAUCAAGAGCCGUAUCGUUCAAAACAAGGUGAAAUACAUCUGGACUUCUGGCCGCCUCUGUGACUUCAAGGGCUGCGAUCGACCAGAUUUGCAGCCUCUUCACAUCAAUGGCUGGUUCUGGACCGCCGAAUUGCAGAAGCUCGCACCGACUAACAAUCGCAGUCAAAACGACUGGUCUGAGAGCGGCGGCAUCGGCAAACCACAACCAGACAAUCGCGAAGCCAUUCAGGGUGGUGCACCUGAGAAUUGCCUGGCGAUCCUCAAUCAAUUUUACAAUGACGGAGUGAACUGGCACGACGUGGCAUGCCAUCAUAAGAAGCCAUGGGUUUGCGAGGAAAAUGAAUCUCUGUUGAAACAUAUUCGUUAUAAUUAUCCUAACAUUCGUGUAUAAGAAAAAGAAAUUUCAGGAAAUGAAAUGAUAGCCCCAUUUCCAGUCGAACGAUUUACACAGUUACAAAGCUACAUGAGAACAAUUAAAAGCGUAUCUAUGUGAUGCACCAGAGAAGCGACUGAGUAGUAUAUAGUGUGUAUAUACACACAUACACACACACAUACACACUCUAUACAUCCCUUAUUUAUUAUUGUAACAUUAUUAAUACCUCAAUAUCCAUUCGAUUAAAAUGAUUCCAUGUGAAUAAUUUAAUGGUUCUUAAACAUAGAUUCUACAUAUUUCUUGAUAUUGAAAAACAUCACUAUUUAUAUUUAUGGAUUUAAUCAUAGACAAAUGG